AUGCGAACCAACACGUCUGUCCGAGGACGUCGGUCCCACCAAAAGUCCCGACAUGGUUGCCAGCAAUGCAAGUUGCGCAAGGUCAAGUGUGGUGAAGAGAAGCCAAAUUGUGCCAAUUGCACAAGGCACGGAGUGGAUUGCUCCUAUGCCCAUGCAGCCCGGAUAGAAGGCUCCAGUUCAUCCUCAUGUGUUCAGCCGACAUCCCCGGGCGAUGCCAGCACCAUGCUUUCUGGCUCCCCUGGCAGUGACGGCCACUCGCAGGCAGCCACAGCAGCAGCGACAGACCUUGCCAUCGCGGACUUGGAGCUGCUUCACCAUUUCACCACCUCGACCGCGUACACCUUCUCGCGCCACCCUAUCCUGCAGUCCUUCUGGCGCGUCGAGGUUCCCCAGAUCGGGUUCACCGCGCCAUACACGCUACGGGCAAUUCUGGCUCUCUCCGCUCUGCAUCUGGCUCACCUCCGUCCGGACCAGUCGCCGUCGUACAUUGCUCAGGCAACCAUUCACCACGACGCUGCACUGAAACUCGCUACGCCUGAGAUGGCCAACAUCACCCCGGACAAUUCGGCACCAUUGUUCCUAUUCUCCGCCCUGUCAACCUUCAUCUGGUGCGCGAAGCCGCUCAAACCGGGCAAUUUCCUGCUCUGGGAAAAUCACGAGAUUGCCAGUUGGCUCGUGCUCAUCCGAGGCACCGGGACGAUUCUCGAUUUUGCCGACGAAGCACUGAAGAACGGACCAUUGGCGUCGAUGUUUAGCGCCCGGGCUCGCAAUCGAAUCGCCGAACCUGUUCCGCAACACCAAAUCCUCGAGAACCUGCGAUAUUUGGUGAUGGAGGAUGUUCCGGAGCCACAUAUGGCUCAGGUCUACGGCUCCGUCAUUGAUGAAAUGAACCGACCGUUUGUGAUGUGCUUGGAGAGGAAUCUGAGGCUUGAGACGGCGGAUGUCUUCAGUUGGCUGUUGCGCGUACCUCAUGAGUUUCUGCUAUUGCUCAAAGACUAUCAGCCGUUGGCUAUGGUAAUUUUUGGGUACUUCUGCGUGCUCCUGCAUCAGCUGGAGUGGAUGUGGUGCAUGAAGGGUUGGAGCACUCAUCUGCUCUCGCAGAUAUAUAACAAGCUGAGUCCGGCCUAUCGAGCGUGGAUUCGGUGGCCAAUUGAGCAGAUUGGAUUUCUUCCACCUAGAUGA